AUGGCUUAUCAGCGUCAAGGACUUGAGAGCCCAAGUGAGGCUGCGGCGCAGCAGUCGACUUGCCUACAAGCAUAUGACAAGAACAACCAGCACACCGCGCAAUGCGUGUUCAAGGAGCGCGCGCGCGAACCCUCGUCGAAGAGACACCUGAAGUACAUUCUAAUGGAAUGCACCUUCGCCGACGUAAUCACUCAUCUUGAGAAAUGCCAGCAUUUCAAGUCCAACCCGAGACAAUAUACCUGUCCCGGCUGUCAGAAAGAUGUCCGAAUGCCUGCCAGGGGCCACGGCGAGAAGGCCAUGCUGAAGUUCAGGAGAAGUCUUGACAAUGUCCUGGGCUACCCUAGCUCCCCAGCACGAUCUUCCUCUACUGUAUCUUCGCCAUCGUCAUCCCUCUCAUUCGACGCUGGCCCUUCCCAGGAGAGAGACCAAGUAUCGCCCGUGUCAUAUUUGUGUGGUAGUUCCGAGAUCGACUCUCAGUGGGCCAUACAGCAGCAACUCCUGCCCAAGUUCUACAACUACGAACUCGUCAUGUGA